UUGGAGAACUGAAACUGUCAUUACAAUUUGUGGGGGGUGGUUAUAGGUUUGAGAUGGACAGUUCUGAAGCAGAUUUAGAUAGAGUUGAGGCACAAAGGUCAACGGAUGUAUCUCGAGGUCAACGGAAACGAAGAUACUUUCUCGUGAGUCUGAUAAAGCGUGGAAUCUCACGCAUAUUCCGUUCACUGGGUCCCCUUCAAGAUGGAGUACAGUUGGGGUCCUACUCUGUGUCAAGACUCUUUAGUGAUUUCAGAUUGUCAGAUUUUUUUGCCUUUUCCGGUGUAUAUGUUCCCAUGAGUCCUGAGAUAUUAAGCGCAGUGAGUGAGGGUGAUGCUGAAUGUAUAGGGAUAUUGAGAAGCAAGGUUACACCAGCUGAAUGUCUCAAAAGUGAUCAAGGUGAUUCCAUUCUUCACCUUGCUGCUGGUUGUGGUCAUGUUGAACUAGUGAAGAUAAUAGCCUCUGCAUGGCCAUUUCUUCUUAUGGAGCGUGAUUCGAAGUAUCAGCUUCCGCUUCAUGUGGCGGCUCGUGCAGGUCACGUAUCUGUUGUUCUUGCUCUAGUUCAGAUCGUAACAUUUGUGUCAGAUAAAAUGUCUCGGGAAGGGAUGGAAGGCUUGAAUCCAUAUGUUCUGAAAAACAACGAUGGAGAUACUGCUCUACACUUGGCCAUGAAAUGUCGGAGUGCACAGUGUAUCCUUUCUCUGGUACACGCGUACCCGCAAGCUUGUUUUCUUGCGAAUAACAAGGGAGUCUCUCCUUUGUUUAUAGCCAUACAAGAGGGACUUACAGCCAUGGUGAAAUAUUUGUUGGAGAAUUCAGACAAUGAUGGAACAGAUUUGCAGUUGGAAGGAAGAAAAGAUCUUGUGCACGUUGCCUUGAAGGCCAGGAACACAGAUAUCAUCGAUGUUAUUUUAAAAAAGUAUCCCAGUCUGGAGAACGAACGAGAUGAAGAAGGAAUGACUUGUCUCUCAUUUGGAGCAUCCAUAGGAUUCUAUAAAGGAGUAUGCAACCUGUUAGACCGAUCAACAAGAGGUGUUUAUGAAUGCAACGAUGAUGGCUCUUUUCCAAUCCAUAUCGCUGUGCAGAAAUGUCACAUGGGAGUUGUUUUCGCAAUUCUAAUACGGUGUCCUAAUUCAAAACACCUGCUUAACAGGAAAGGUCAAAACAUUCUACACAUUGCAUCAAGGAGUGGGAAAGCAGCAUUUUUUCUUUCUGUUCUGCUCGAGAGAACUAGUAAGGUCCAACUAAUGGAGAAGCAAGAUAUAGAUGGGAAUACACCUCUGCACCUGGCUACCAUAUCGUGGCGCCCUCGUACUAUUUAUCUCCUUCUGUUUCAUUACAAGGGCAAAUGCAUGAACACAGUGAACAAUGAUGGUCUAACAUCUCUGGGUAUUGUCGAGUCAAAUCUGCAACCCAACUACAUCUUCAUGGAGAGGGUGACACUGAUGGUGUUAUUAUACUUUUACACGUCAGCAAGACAAUCUACAUGGCUGAUGUUCAAGAAAAAGAUAACAAGACGAACAGAUCCACCUGCUGGUGACAAAAACAAAGACUACGUCAACACUCUCCUAGUGGUUGCAGCUCUUGUAGCAACCGUAACUUUUGCUGCUGGUUUUACAAUACCUGGUGGCUUUAACAGCUCUGAACCAAACCAAGGGUUGCCAACUCUAGCUGGCGACCGGAAACUCACCUACUUUAUGGUAUUUGACAUCCUGGCAAUGCAGAGCUCCAUCGUGACAAUAGCUACUCUAAUCUGGGCGCAGUUGGGUGAUCCAGCACUCGUUCACACAUCUUUAAAUGUGGCAUUGCCAUCACUGUUUUUCGCUCUUCUCUGCAUGCCGGCGGCCUUUUAUUUUGGUGUUUUUGUUGUUUUUGCUCGUGUUAAAGGGCUUGUGAUUUUCCUCGACGUUGCCUCUGCGGUCUUCAUCUUCCUAAUGCUCUUUCUUCUUGGCCCUCACGUUCUCCUACGUAUACCUGGCAUCCCUGCUGCCUUUGGUGCCUAUUUCGUGCUAUUUGUGUUGCUUGUCGAUGAUGACCACCAUGAACAGGCUUCUCCUGCAAAGAUCUCCAGUGAAGAGGCUUCUGCUGCAAAGAGCUCCAGUGAAGAGGCUUCGGCUGCAAAGAUCUCAGUGACAACAAAGAAAGUACUUACACGAAAGUCUGUUUCGUUCUAGUUUCAAGUUCCUUAUUGUGGUACGAUUGGCUAGUCUUUGUGACUUGAACCCUUCUGAAAGAAAUAAAAGUGUUUUGAUGUACUUCAAUCUGGAAACCAUUCUUUGUUUUAUUAUAUGGCCAAUGCUAUUGAGCAACAAUUACUGAAAGAACAAUGCUAAAACAAGGUAGCUGUAGCUGUUUCCUGCU